AUGGACUCCGACGAGGAACAAGUUCAACCCUGGCAAUCUCUUGCCAUGGGACUUGGAUUCAGCAGCUCAGAUGAGGAAUUCUGGUGGACUACCUUCGCACAACCGUUGAGUCGCUUAAUGGAAUGGGCCAAAUACCCAAUCUUCGAGCAGUAUCGCGUUCUGGCCUUUCUGCAUCGCUAUGUUAUUCCUAGUUGCGGUCCUAGGCCCUAUCAAACUGGAGAGCAGUUCUGGAAGACAUUUCUGAGUUUCGAUCAUACCCCGAUCCAGCUCAGCAUCAACUUUUAUGAUAGCAAGGCUACGGUACGGACAUCGAACGUCCCCAUCUGUGCGCUCUCCGGUUCUGCACUCGAUCCUAUCAACCAGAAAGCGUCCAUCGAUACGCUAAACGCCCAGCAACAUCUCGCGCCCGGAAAUGACCUUCAUUGGUUUGAUCAUUUUACGAAGGCUUUUUUCCUCCCCAGCGAUGAAGCCUAUCUGCUUACUGCCCGGGUUUCCGACCGCAUUCUCGCCAUGCAGGCAGUACAGUGCAUCUUGAGUUAUGACUUUCCAUAUUAUGCCACUCAAACAAAACAAAUUGGGGAACUCAUUGUGACGGCAAUCAAGGAACUUGGCGAUGAAACGGCUGACUACAUGCAUUCCCUCGGGAUGUUGGAGACCUUUCUCGACUCAGGUGCUGCUGAAAAGACCGGGGUAAGUGCGGCCUUCCUUUCUUUUGACACCAACCUGAGCGACAAGUACAAGAGCUCUCGCAUAAAGAUCUACCUCGCCACCCCUCGCUCGGCCUUCAAUCGCCUGGUGGACAUUUUUACUCUUGGGGGACGGUUGAUUGGGCCAGAGAUGGAACGUGCUAUUCCAGCGCUACGGCUACUCUGGUCAUCGGUGAUGAAUAUCCCCGAGGACAUAUCCAAUGACACCGACAUUUCCCCUUUGAAUUCUCACCGUUGUGCCAAUUUCAUCUUCAACUUCGAGAUAUGGGCAGGCGCCCCCUUUCCAACGCCAAAGAUAUAUCUGCCCGUGGCAUAUUACGGCAAGCCUGACCUCGAGAUUGCAGAAGGUAUGGACAGCUUUUCAAAAGUCAGGGCUGGAACGAGUCCUUCCAUUCAUACAGAGAGAAUUAUGUGCUGUCCAGUACAUGGAGUCAACUGGAAGUUUUCAGUACUGCCGGGAGAUUUUAGGCAGAUUGGCUCAACAGGCACGUACUCAUAUUGA